AUGGCGAAGAACUUCCCUAUCGGAAUCAGUCUGGGCCUAGACCAUCUAACAUCCGCAUGCAUUACUCACGACAAUCAAAGUUUGCCAGUCGCCUGUGUCAAGAGUAGCAAUGUAUGGAAAAAGUUCUUCCUCGAUACUCUUCGAGUCAAGCGCAGUUCGGAAGAACAAAGAGAGUAUUUAGAAAAGGAAGGCGCCGCAGAUAUCAUUACGUCUGCUCUCUCUGAGAUCCAGAAAGCUACCGAAGCACGCAUUGGCAAGGCGUUGACAAUCGAGGUGGUGUGUUACCCAGAACACUUCCGGCACGAUGAUUACGCUGCAUUUUUAGCACGAACCGUAUACAGAGAAUACCCCAUGGUCAAGAAUUCUGCUCAAUUAAAGUCGUACCUCUAUUGCGCCAGCCUCGCAUAUGGCUUGAAUACAUCGGAAGCAUUGGGUUACGACCCUGGUUUCGACAUCGAAGACAGCAACAGUCUCCUAAUUUAUUUCGACUAUCAGACUGAGUUCCUUGAGGUGUCAAUUGUAGGAGUGGCAAAGUAUUACCACGUCCGUGAACGAUGGUUUCGAAUUGAAGGUUUUGGAGGGACAGACAAUAUAGCUUCCGACGAAGAAAUUGUUGACAUGAAGGCGCGUUUCCGAGAUCUUCUCGACGCGCAGGCUCUGGACCACGGCUGUGGUCCAACACAGCUUGAAGAUUACCGCCGCAUCGUAUUCAGCGGAGAGGCUGUGGCUUCUGAGUUCGAAAAGAUUCGUAUUGCAGUGACCAAAGUCGUUCCCGACUUUAUUGAUGGGUUUCGAGAUUUCAUUGACCCUCAGUGGGUGAGUGCUUUUGGAGCUGCGAGGAUGGCGAAAGAGAAUACUCUGAAUCCACCUGUUUAUGUCGGACACUGCUUUUAGUCACGAGAUUGAGGAGUGAAGAGAAAUCCAAUGAGCACUCUGAUGAUAAAUCCGCUUCCGAGUGCCAUUGAUGGGUGUAGAUUUAAGAAGUAUCAGAGGGUAGACAAAAGAUAUCAUCCCUGGCUAUGGUCCAACGCAAGGGCAAUGUUAGAGGUCUUGAGUUUGAUAGUGUUGUGGAGAAACAUUGUAUAAAACGCUUAUUGUGAGCAGAAUCAGGGGAUUCAUAAAUUAUAUAUUAAUUUUCUUUACAAAUGUUGGGGAAU